CUAUUCCUGCCAUAUUAGAGGCCAGGUCAGGUGCGAGCUGACAGAGGAUGCCUCGGCGGAGCCUCAUCGUCCAUCAUCUUCACAAUCGGGGGGAGAGAGAGGUGGGAGGGAGGGAGGAUGUUAAAGAUCCCAUAUUUCUAUCUUUAGAAGGCAUGUGGCCCAUUUUCCUCCUCCUCUUUCCCUGCCCCAUUCCUCCUCGCGGGCGUCUUUACUUUUUUUGCGUCGGAGUCCCGGGCCGCCGGCGAGCCUUUGGGAGGGGUGAUGGGUUGCGUAGCAUCCAAGGAUGGCGCCGCCCCCGUCACGCCUGCAUUAGACUCCUCGGUCGCCUCCGGGAACCUAGAGCCAUUGGGGCACCUGGAAGCCGCCGCAAAUCUUGAGACCCCUGCCAAAGUCGAGACCUUGGAGCACCUGGAGACCUCGAGGGAGUUCCAACCUUCGCCCUCGCUGUGGAAUGGCCCUCGCCUCAGCAACUAUGAGUUUUCGGACCAACCCGAGUCGGGGGAGUCCGAGAAGAAAAGCUCCGCCGGAGACAGCGUGGCCAGCAUUCCGCCGCCGCGGAAUCUGAGUCGGUGCAAUGAAGGGGAGCAGGUCGCUGCCGGCUGGCCUGCUUGGCUAAGCUGUGUCGCCGGCGAAGCCAUCCGGGGGUGGGCGCCCCUUAAAGCCGAGGCCUUUGAGAAGUUAGAGAAGAUUGGACAAGGUACCUAUAGCAAUGUGUUUCGAGCCUGCGAGAUUGACACGGGGAGGAUUGUUGCUCUGAAGAAGGUGCGCUUCGACAAUUUUGAGCCUGAGAGUGUGAGAUUUAUGGCAAGGGAGAUAUUGAUCCUCCGCAAGCUUGAUCAUCCAAACAUCGUCAAGCUGGAGGGUAUAAUAACUUCUCGAUUGUCAUGCAGCAUCUACCUUGUUUUCGAAUAUAUGGAGCACGAUCUUGCAGGAUUGUCAUCUUCUCCGGACAUCAAGUUUAGUGAAUCACAGAUCAAAUGUUAUAUGCACCAAUUACUAUUGGGUCUCAACCAAUGCCAUUCUCGAGGUAUCAUGCACCGCGAUAUCAAAUGUGCAAACCUCUUAGUUAACAACGAGGGUAUUUUGAAGAUUGCUGAUUUUGGUUUGGCCAACAUCUUGAAUCCUGAAGAGAAACAACCACUAACUAGUAGAGUUGUGACACUCUGGUAUCGCCCUCCUGAGCUUCUCCUAGGCUCGGUUGACUAUGAUGCAACAGUAGAUUUGUGGAGUGUUGGAUGUGUCUUUGCAGAGCUAUUUCUCGGGAAACCUAUCUUACAAGGAAGAACUGAGGUUGAGCAAAUACAUAAAAUUUUUAAGCUCUGCGGUUCACCGCCAGGAGAGUUUUGGAAGAAGACCAAGUUACCACAAGCAACAGUGAUAAAGUCUCAACAUGCUUAUGAGAAUUGCCUCUAUAGGACUUUUGAAUUUUUACCGGACAGUGCAUUUAAAUUGUUGGAAACAUUCUUAUCUAUUGAAUCUACAAAACGUGGCACAGCCGUUGCUGCGCUUAAUUCAGAGUACUUCAAAACAAAGCCUUAUGCAUGUGAGCCAUCCAGCUUGCCCAAAUACAAUCCUAGUAAAGAAAUUGAUGCGAAGUUCCGUGAGGACUCAAUCAGGAGUGUCAACGGCAGAUUUUUUGAUGAAGGAACAAAAGGACUUUCAAAAUCACAUAAGCUUUUGCAAGAAUUAAGCGACCUCGGAAAAGCAUCUCACAAAGAGGCUUUACGAAAUGCUAUAGAAACUAAUAGAAGUGGCACGAAAGAAGCAUUGCACGAUAGUAGAAAGCCAGACCUGCCAUUGCCAAACAUGAAAUCCCAAGAAGAACGUCGGCGCAUGAAGCAAAUCCCUAGAAAUCCUCAAUCAGGUCCCAUGCAUGUUCCUGCGACUGGGUUUUCAUGUGCGAAGAAACCGAAGGACGCACCUUUGCCUAUCAAAUCUCAGAAUAGGUUCAAAUCCAGACAGGGUAAAUUCAGUUUGUUGGAUCCGACACUAGCUCAAGGCACUUUGAAGUCAAAUGGAGAAGAACAUGGAGGUACCGGAUAUGCUCCUUUUUCAAAUUCAAAAGUCCAGCCAUAUGAAUCAACUAAAGAGGAAAUGCUGCGGCGAUGGAUUCAUCCCGAAUUCCAAGACUCAGUAUACUCUUUUGGCGAUUAUGAUUCUCAUGAUGCAGUGUCUAAGAAUAGGAUAAUGGAUUAUAAAGAUCAAGGCGUAGAGUUCUCAGGGCCUGUGCUUCUUCAAUCAAAGAAGGUUGAUGAAUUUUUGGAGAAACAUGAGGAAUAUAUUCGCAGAGCAACUCGAAAAUCAUGGUUUCAAAAAGCACAAAAGCAGCAGCGGUACUAGCCACUCGGAGGUAGACCGAUCCUUUGAAAAUCUCCGACAAGUGACGUAGUGUACUCGAAACUGAAAAAACUUGGAUUGUUAACUCAAACACAUGUUAUCUUUGCGAUUCAUGGACGCAAGGAUGAGCUUCUCAUUUCAAAGAUCUAACAAGCACAAAUGCUAAUGUGAAGCAUGUAAUUUUUAUUUUCUUUACAUUUCCAUCUCAUUCCGCAUUGCUGGUAUUCUCAUGUAGGGAUUGAAAACAGUAGCACUUGUCGACAGUCUCUGUUCUUCAUUCUAAAGCCUGAAAAAGAUUGUGUAUAAAUUAUCUCGUUCUUGCUUG